AAUUCGGUGAAAAAAUCUGCAAUGUGCUUUUUAAUUUUCGUCGCACACGUCUGCAAUUCUAUUAAAUUACGACUUUCUGUCGGGGAAAACCAAUUUAUUUGGUUUUGAUUACUUUGAAUAAGACAUGUUAGAAGAGUCGAAAAUACAGAUAUCGAAGUCUAGUAAGGGCGAAAUAAUUCAAGUGAAACGUGGAAGUAAAAUAACUUGCCUAUUAGACAUUUCAAGUAAGGAAGCCCUUAUCUCUGGAGAUCCUUUCAUAAAAUAAUACCCACCCAGAGAUCCUUUCAUACACAAUAACGGCUGUGUAUCAUUGGAAAAUUUUUGAUUUCAUACAAAAAAUAGUCAAGUUGUGCAAUAAUGUCGGUAUAUAGCGUGAAAACUGGACUGUCGUCCAUCCUCAAAGCAUACUCGCCAGCGGAACGUGAAAAGGCUAAAAAUAUUGCCAUCAAUAAAGUACGUUUUGAAAUGCCUAAACGUAAGGGUAUCUUGGAUGCUGUUGAAGCAGUUAAUGACCAUAACAACUUUCAACCAUUAAACGAAUUUGUAGCGUUUUUAAGGGAAACUGAAAUGAGCGAUUUAGAGUUUUUGAACGUAAUGUCAGACGCACGCAAAUUAAUAAAUGAUCUAAGCCCAAAAUUUACAAAUUUAGUAGAGGCUUUGAUUUCGGUUCCAUGGACUAAGAGAGAAGUAGCUGCAAUACAAGCUUAUACAGAAUUUUAUAUUGAUAUUAUGGUGGGACACAAUAAAUACGUUGAAUUUGGCAUACCAAAGUUAAUUUCUCUGUGGAUACCAGAUGAUGCAGACGCGGCACUCUGGCCGAAUGGUUCACCAAUCGAAAACGUUAAGACCGAAUUAGAGGCUGUGCAUAAAUUAUUAGAUCGCGUUCUUACUGCAAUCCCAAUGAGUUUUGAAGUUGUGUGGGAAGCCGUUGAAAAUAAAUUCCCAUAUAUCAAAAAGCCAUCGCAUGUUAUAGCUGGGUAUCUACACAGUGUGCUCUGGCUGAUUGAAUAUAAACCUAUUUUCACGGAAUUUGUGAUACAAUUGGCAUUCCGAAAAUUAGUAAUGCUGGAUGUUAACGCUCCUCGCAGUGAAAUCGAAGAAACAGAUUGCGAAGACGAAGAGUUGGAGGAAGAAAAUGAUAAGGAAAUUUUCGAAAUGGACGACUGUGCGAAGGAUGAAGAUAUGUUGCCCAUGAAGCAUCCAAUCGCACAUACACUCGAUAUUUGUAUGGAAAAAGUGUAUAAUUUUUUAGAUUCCAGAAGUCCCAAUUUACUCCAAACAACCGCGGAACAAAAACCACAACUGAACAAAUUUUGGAAAGUGCUACUGUCGGGGUUUGAUACCGUUAUAUUACCUUCACACAACACACACCACGUGCAGUUUUUGCUGUUUUAUUAUUGCAGUUUCAAGAAUGCCAUCGCAGAAGCUUUCCUUGCUUCACUUUGGGAAAAAAUUAAAAACCCUAAUGUGUCCGCCGUUAUACGGCAAGCUGCUGUAGGUUACAUAGCGAGCUUUUUGGCGCGCGCGAAGUUUGUGCCACUACCCGUCCUUAAAUUCUAUUUGAAGGAGCUAUGUGAUUGGGCGCAUCAGUACAUACAACGCUGUGAUCAGUAUCGUCAAAAUGGUUCUCUGAAAGCAAAUAUUGUAUUCUUCUCGCUGUGCCAAGCCGUUUUCUAUGUAAUAGCUUUUCGCAGUCGUGAUUUAACGGCUGAAAAAAAAAGCUUACUUUUCCUACAGUCACUACAGUUAUCAGCUAUAGUCACCUGUAACUUUAAUCCGUUACGCGUUUGUUUGCCAGCUGUGGCAACGGCAUUUGCAGGUGUUACGCGAGCUUAUCAGCUAGCCUAUUGCCAUGCGAUAUUGGAGCGAAAUGCACGACGAAAACUGGCGACAGUUUAUGCAAAUGACACGGCUACGCCAGAAGAAACACUCGACACCUUCUUUCCUUUUGAUCCGUAUUUGUUGAAAAUUUCUGAAAAGAAAAUAGCAGAUCAUUAUCUACAAUAUCAGGCCAGCGAGGCUGAAGAGGCGUCAGUAGUUGCGGCGCAUAGAUCUCCGCUGCAUCAGCGCAAGCGCGGAGACUCUGAAAUGUGCGACGACAUCGAUGACUUCAUAGUUGCCGACAAGCGACAGAAAACAAUAGAAUUGGCACGCAGUCAGGAGCGAGACGCUCAAUUUAAUUAUGGACUAUCGCCAGGUUUUCAUAUGUAAAUAUGAUAAAACUCGUUAUUUGAAGAAAAAAUCAUUAUUUUUUUUAGCUACUUGAAUUUUCGUUGGAAAUAGUUUGUAAUUACUUUAAAUAUGACUAGUUAUUUAUUAUCUCCUAAAAAAGUAUAUGUCAUGAGAUUUUUCGCAACGUACUAUGUGCAAAAUACAUAUGUACAUACACAUAUUUACUUAAUAUCACUUUCAUAGAAUAUUUCAAAGAUGGAAUAGUAUUUAAUUUAAGAUACAUUAGUUGUUUUACAUUGAAUUCAAAACAAAAUAUAAUUUUAUCUGUAGGAAAAC